AUGGAUCCUCAACAGCAGCAGCAGCAGGGCUCAUCGGGCGCAGACAGCAAGUUCUCCACCGCCUUUGUCAGCGGAAAGAUGGACCAGGCGGUGACUCUGGUGAAGGAGAUGCCCAGCCGCAUGGGCUCUUGGGCGGCCUUCUUCGACCCGAAGCAGUUCUCGAUGCCGUCCAGCAAUCUGAAGGAACGCCUGAAGGGCAACCUGGGCGGCUUCUACGCCAACUACGUCGUCGUCAGCGUCAUCCUUCUCACCUACUGUCUGCUCACCUCGCCGAUGCUCCUCAUGGGGGUGAUCAUCUACGGCCUGCUCGCCUACGUCAUCAUCAACCGCGGCCAGGACCUGGCCAUUAUGGGACAGGCAGUGACACCCAACCAGCAGCUCUUCUGCCUCACCCUCAUCUUCAUGCCCAUCUUUCUCCUGCUCGGCUUCACCGGCGUCUUCUUCUGG